GCCGUUGCAGCCGCUGGCGGACGGACACGUCAGGUGGUGUGUGUGUGUGUGUGCGCGCGGCUCGGUGCGGCUAGCGUUACCUUCGGUGUGAUGAGGCUGAGCGUGAGCCCGGUGCCGCAGGGUCCAGCCCGCGCCUCCGGCCGUGCGGGCAGGAUGUAGAGAGAGAGGCAAGUUCACCUCCAGCGACCCAACGGGAGGCGGAUAAUUACAUGGCGUUUUACACAUCGCACGGCACGAUGCUGUGAGCCUGCUCUCUGAGGCAGCCUGCAUGACAAUGAUGGAGGAGGCUGCCAGCCAGCUCGAGAGAGAUCAUGUGCACAGCGUCUAUGACAAGAUUGCUCCAUAUUUCAAUGACAGCCGCUACAAAGCCUGGCCGAAGGUACGCCAGUUCCUUCUGGACCUGCAGCCGGGAAGCAUCGUUGCUGAUGUGGGUUGUGGCAAUGGCAAAUACCUCCACAUUAAUAAGGAUGUGUUCAAGCUGGGGUGUGAUGUUUGUCGCCCCCUGGUGGACAUUGCCUGGAGCCAAGGACAUGAGGUCCAGAUGUGUGACGGGCUGCAUUUGCCAUACAGAGAUGGAUGCUUUGACGCUGUGCUCUCCAUUGCAGUCAUCCAUCAUUUUUCCACCAAAGAGCGGCGUAUUCGAGCAAUAAAAGAGAUGGCACGCACUCUGCGCGUGGGGGGACGCAUCAUGAUCUAUGUGUGGGCCAUGGAGCAGAAGCGUCGUAAAUUUGAGAAGCAGGACAUCUUCGUCCCCUGGAACCCCAACCCUCACUCACCCUCCGGCUUCAAACCCAGGAGGAGGGGUGCAACACAGAGUGUGAGCGAAGUCAUAGACAACACCGACAAGCACAGGAAAGUCAAAAGCACAUCUUCCAUGGUGGAUGAGGAAGACAUCACCUGCAGCACGCCACAGCAGAGAACCCAGAGACUGUGGUUCUUCUCCAGGUCCCUGGAUUCUGUGUUUGACUUCGGGAGCUUAGCCAUCUCCCGGUCGUCGUCCAGAGACCUGAGCACUUUAUCCUCACCCACCGGGGAAAAUGAGGGGAACAAGGCCGGCCAGCUUGGCAGAAGACGAAGCCUCAUCAAGCAGGUGUCCAGCUUUUUUUCACCUUCGUCCAUGAUCAGCUCAGAGGAAGACGUCUUUGGCUCGGUCACAGACCUGCACAAAGGCCGGAAAGAUGCUGGAGGCACCACUUGCACCUCCAGCAGCACAGAAAACCAAGGUGUGUCUGUGGCUUUAGUCCAAGAGUGUGACUCCAUGGCCCUGCCUGACCUAGUCCCGUACCAGAAGGAACAUCUCAAGCAGACGGGGGACAAAGAGGGUGACAGGGACCCACCGGGGAAAGAGCAAGAGCAGCAGGAAAGCACACAGAGUCCUCUGGACGGUGAGGGGCAAGUGGACGGCUCCUGCCUGAGGUACUACCAUGUCUUCAGGGAGGGAGAACUGGCCGAGCUGAUAGAGAAUCACAUCGAGGAGCUUCAUGUCACACACACCUACUUUGACCAUGCCAACUGGUGUGUAGUGGCGGAGAAAAUUCAGCAGGUAGUAGACAAAGGUAACUACACAAGUUUUACCUGUCCAGUUCUAGCAUUAAACAUCACUGUAGAAUCACUACAUUGUCCACUGCAGCAAUGAUGGAGGACAGAUGGAUGAUGGAAGCGUCUAUGAUGACUACCACUGUAUACUGUACCACAUUUUUGAUAUAUAUCUAUCCUAGGUCAGUGCAAGAAACCAACAAGCAGUGUCCAAAUAUCCAGUGAAGUGUUUCCUCUCAGUGUAAAUGUGUACAAUAGGGAAUUUUAAUGCUGCUAAAUAAUGAUUUUAACUAUUUAACAUAAUAAUAGAUUUGCAAGGGAGUUGUGAAUGUUACUGGUCUCCUUUGGACAAAACUGUUAAUAAUAGCCCGGAGGAGUGAGAGUGAGAUUAUGCUCUUCCACCUGCUCUGAAAUGUUUUAAAGUAUCUACCAUUGUGGAUUUUUUUUUUUUUUUUUUUUAAUCUCACACCUUGUCUGCCUGUUUCAAAAUUGCACAUGUUCCUCAACAUGAGACACGAGGAGCCAGUACCUGUUCUGUACCUUUUUGGUAGGACUUUCUGUGAACCGCGUGUGUAAUCCAUCGUAAUAAUGUUCUUGGGAGGAAAGAGCACAUAGCUGUGUGGAAUACCAUUAGUAUAUCUUCCAAAACUAUUUGUGCCAUUUGUACUUUAUCCCACCCAGGUGUUGCAAGGAAAACGCUGCCAGUGUGUCUGCUUGACAUUGAUAUUUGUAGUUGCCGUGCUUCGUCUCGUGUUGAAGUGUCUCGCUGAACUAUACCAGUAGUAUGUUUCAGCUACUUGACUGCCUCAUGUACUGUGAAUAAACAUUGCACUGUACCGCAAGUAUGUCGCUGCUUGCUACUUCAUGUCAGUGGAUGACACCGAUAGGUAAAACUUGAAACAUGUUUCUCUGUACUCAUUGUGCCAAGGAAGGUGCAUACCCUUAUCAGUGCAGCAUGUCUGGACCAACUGUGUUUGUUCUUAGGUGAAAAUGGUACUUUUUUUUUUUUUUUUGUCUUAUGUGAAACCCGUGUGACUACUUUAAAUUUGUUGUAUUUGUUUUUCAUGAUUAAAAUUUUUUGUUCAUGAG